AUGAACGAGGUUAUCAGUGCUGAAGAUUUUGAACUCGACGCUCAAACAUUUCUCGCUCGAUGCAUUCCAAUAACUGAAAUUAGCACAAUUGCAAAGACUAUGACUCAAACUUCAGUUUAUUCAGUGCUGUGUCAUUACCUGUCACGUCUUCAAACGAACGGUCACAGAGUUAGCUCAAUCGGUAAAAGUGUCACGUCUCGCGCUGCUAUUCCUCGAUGGCAUGGUUCAAAUACUGUCAGUCCGUGGCAUGGUUCAAAUACUGUCAGUCCGAAACUCAAACACUGUCACACGGGAUUUUAUUCAGAAUAUAAUAAUUGCCUCUUUCUGUAA